AUGAUCAAGCAGCAGCAGCAGCAGGCACCGCCGGCGCCGGCGAGCUCCGCCGCGCCUCCGGCGCCUGCUGUCCCGGCGGCGGCAGCGGCGCCCAGCGGAUGCGAAGGGGAGAAGAAGGCGCCGCCGAUCAACUCGGAGCUCUGGCACGCCUGCGCGGGGCCUCUGGUGUCGCUGCCGCCGGCGGGCAGCCUCGUCGUCUACUUCCCCCAAGGCCACAGCGAGCAGGUUGCAGCUUCUAUGCAAAAGGAUGUUGAUGGACAUGUUCCAAGCUACCCAAAUCUUCCGUCAAAGUUGAUUUGCCUUCUGCAUAAUGUCACUUUACAUGCGGAUCCAGAAACAGAUGAAGUGUAUGCGCAAAUGACUCUCCUGCCAGUUACUUCAUAUGGAAAAGAGGCACUGCAACUAUCAGAACUGGCAUUGAAACAACCAAGGCCUCAAACAGAGUUCUUCUGUAAGACACUAACUGCAAGUGACACAAGCACUCAUGGAGGCUUCUCCGUGCCUCGUCGAGCAGCUGAGAAGAUAUUUCCACCUCUUGAUUUCUCCAUGCAACCACCCUAUCAAGAGAUCCAAGCCAGAGAUUUACAUGAUAAUGUAUGGACAUUCCGUCACAUAUAUCGAGGUCAGCCAAAAAGACAUCUGCUUACCACUGGCUGGAGUCUUUGUGUGAGCGGAAAGAGAUUAUUUGCUGGUGAUUCUGUCAUUUUUGUAAGGGAUGAAAAGCAGCAACUUCUACUUGGAAUCAGGCGUGCUAAUAGACAGCCAACUAACAUAUCAUCAUCUGUCCUUUCAAGUGACAGCAUGCAUAUAGGAAUUCUUGCUGCUGCAGCCCAUGCCGCUGCCAACAAUAGCCCAUUCACCAUAUUUUAUAAUCCUAGGGCCAGUCCUACAGAGUUUGUCGUACCAUUUGCUAAGUAUCAGAAGGCACUCUAUGGUAAUCAAAUAUCUUUAGGAAUGCGCUUUCGCAUGAUGUUUGAGACUGAAGAAUUAGGCACAAGAAGGUACAUGGGUACAAUAACUGGCAUAAGUGAUCUAGAUCCCGUAAGAUGGAAAAACUCACAAUGGCGCAACUUACAGCAUGGAUGUACAGUAAAUGAUCACUGCUAUGUACUUGCAGAUGAUGAGUCCUCAGAAAUGGAGAAUCUCUUAAAGAGGGCAAUGCCAUGGCUUGGUGAGGAGAUAUGCAUAAAGGAUCCACAGACACAGAACACCAUAAUGCCUGGUCUUAGCUUGGUUCAGUGGAUGAACAUGAAUAUGCAGCAGAACUCCUCGUUUGCAAACUCGGCUAUGCAGUCCGAGUACCUACGAUCACUAAGCAACCCCAACAUUCAAAAUCUUGGUGCGGCUGAUCUCUCAAGGCAGUUAAACCUGCAGAACCAGAUUCUGCAACAGAACAGCAUUCAGUUUAGUUCUCCCAAACUUCCUCAGCAAAUGCAGCCAGUCAAUGAAUUGUCAAAGGCAUCACUUCCACUGAAUCAGCUUGGUGUGGGCACCAAACCGCAAGAACAGACUCAAGACCCAAGCAAUCUGCAGAGGCAACAACAGUCCAUAAACCAACUACUUCCAUUGAGCCAAUCUCAAACCAAUCUUGUCCAGGCUCAGGUCCUUGUCCAGAAUCAAAUGCAGCAGCAGCAACCACAAUCCAUGACUCAAAAUCAGCAGCCAGCUGCCAGCCAGUCGCUGCUCCUGCCCCAUCAGCAGCAACAGCAACAUCAACAACAAAAGUUGGCACAUCAACAGCAGCAGCUUUUACUUCAGCAACAACAAUUGCAGCAACAGCAGCAAAAUCAGCAACAGUUAAAUAAGAUGGCUGCGCAAGUGCCAAAUCUGGCAUCACAUCAGCUGCAACUGUCUGAUCAGCAGCUUCAGCUGCAACUGCUACAAAAAUUGCAACAGCAGCAGCAGUCGUUGCUAUCACAACCAGGUGUUACUCUUGCACAAUUACCUCUAAUCCAAGAGCAGCAAAAGUUGAUUAUUGAUAUGCAGCAGCAGCUGUCAAAUUCUCAAUCACUUUCCCAGCCACAAAUAAUGCCUCAACAAAGUACCAAAGUUCCGUCACAGGCAACACCACCACCACCAACCGUGCAACAAGAGUCACAGCAGAAGCUUCCACAGAAGCAUGUUAGUUUCACUGACACAUCACAUACUGCCAUUCCUCCAACUACGUCAGUCAACGCCAUUUCAGCUGUGGGAAGUCCUCUGAUGGCAACUGGUGCCACACAUUCUGUACUUACCGAUGAAAUCCCUUCCUGCUCAACAUCACCUUCAACAGCUAAUGGUAAUCACCUUGUGCAACCAGUCCUCGGAAGAAACCAACAAUGCAGCAUGAUGAACUAUGAGAAGGUGCCUCAGUCUACUGCUCCUAUGUCAAUCCCAAGCUCCCUGGAAGCUGUCACGGCGACGCCAAGAUCAAUCAAGGAAUUGCCAAAGUUGAAUUCUAAUGUCAAGCAAAGUGUAAUGGCUUCAAAGCUACCAAAUACAGGGCCUGUACCUCAAAAUUUGGCUAACAAUGCACCCCCGACGGACUAUCUGGAAACAGCUUCAUCAGCAACUUCAGUGUGGCUUUCCCAAGCGGAUGGACUUCUACAUCAUGGUUUCCCCAUGUCUAACUUCAAUCAGCAGCAGAUGUUCAAAGAUGCGGCUCCUGAGACUGAUAUCCACAGUGCUGAUCCCAGUAAUAACACACUCUUUGGUAUAAAUUGUGAUGGUCAGCUGGGCUUUCCCAUGGGAGCGGAUGGCUUCUUAUCGAAUGGAAUUGAUCCUUCCAAGUAUCAGAAUCACAUUUCAACAGAUAUUGAUGGUAACUACAGGAUCCCAAAGGAUGGUCAGCAAGAAAUAUCGUCAUCCAUGGUUUCACAGUCAUUUGGUGCAUCAGAUAUGGCAUUCAAUUCAAUUGACUCUGGUAUGAAUGAUGGUGGUUUCGUGAACAGAACUUCUUGGCCUCUUCCCCUAAAGAGGAUGAGGACAUUUACCAAGGUGUAUAAACGUGGAGCUGUAGGUCGGUCCAUUGACAUUAGUCAGUUCAAUGGAUAUGAUGAGUUGAAGCAUGCUCUGGCUCGCAUGUUUAGUAUGGAGGGGCAACUUGAGGAACGACAGAGAAUUGGCUGGAAACUUGUCUACAAGGAUCAUGAGGAUGACAUCUUACUUCUUGGUGAUGACCCUUGGGAGGAAUUUGUCAACUGUGUGAAGUGCAUUAGGAUCUUGUCGCCUCACGAAGUGCAGCAGAUGAGCCUGGAUGGGGAUCUGGGGAACAACAUUCUCCCCAACCAGGCCUGCAGCAGCUCGGACGGCGGGAAUGCCUGGAGGGCUCGCUGCGAUCAGAACUCUGGUAACCCUUCUACUGGUUCAUAUGACCAGUUUGAAUGA